AUGUCUGAGAAGUCCCACCGCCCGUGGGUGAGUACCGUCCAUCUACAACCUCCCACAGGAACGAUUUCGCUUACGGUUCUUCCCUAUAGCAAGCGCAACACCAACCCCGGCACAUCUCUCCUCAAGCUCGAGGGUGUCGACGACACUGAGGCUGCCCGUUUCUACGCCGGAAAGAGGGUAGCAUACGUCUACCGUGCCUCCAAGUCCAUCCGAGGCUCCAAGAUCCGCGUCAUCUGGGGAAAGGUCACCAGGCCCCACGGCAACAGCGGCGUCGUUCGCGCCAAAUUCCGAUCCAACCUCCCUCCCAAGUCCUUCGGUGCUUCCGUCCGCGUCAUGCUUUACCCUUCUUCGAUAUAG